CUCUUUUUCUCCUUUAGAAUUUUUGGGAGAAUCGGAAGGGUUUGUAGUCUUCGUGGAGGAUGGAAAAGAAAUCUUCGCUACUUGGUGUGCUUUCAUGUGAUAAAGCGAUAGACUGGGGUUGUCGUUUUGGUGCGGGAGUGGUGACUUUUUUGCAUAUCUUCUGUGAAGUGCGUGGGGUUUUAGGUGGAGGAGUUGGCUCUUCUUAUUAAGGACAAUUUACCUUGCAAGCAUCUUGUUCUUUCUAUGGAGGAAUCUCUAGUUGAGUUUCUUCAAAAUAACACAAGUCCAAAUGCAAUCCUGGAGCUGGAACCAAUGACGUCUUAUCACCGCAUGCUUCUUCAUCGUCUAGCAGAUAUAUUUGGGUUGGCCCAUGAGUCUGUAGGGGAAGGAAAUGAUCGCCGUUUGAUUUUGGAGAGAUCUCCAGAGUCUGCAAUACCUGCUGUUUUGGUUAGCGAUAUCUUAUGGCAGUUUGAUCAUCAUCAGUCUCCAGUGGUUUCCCAUCAAUUGUUAAGAAGGAAGGAAGUUCUACCAGAUUACAAGAACAGGCAAACAGCUUCUUUCUCACCUUCGAUAUCCGUUGAAGAGAGAGAAGCAGCUUAUAUGGCUGCACGUGAACGUAUCUUUUCAUCACACAAGGAUGACGGCUGUGAGAUGAAGGAAACACCAAAGCCUCGAAAUGUCCCUGUGGUUGCAAGGAGAAUGAUUGCACAUGCUCUGGGGCGUAGGACCUAUUCAACUUCACCAAGUACAGAACGUAAAAUGCAAAACAAUGUCUUGGGUUCUGCAAGCAUGAAUACAGUCACAUCUAAUGGUCUUCAAAGUGCUUGUAUUGACAUGGAACCUGUGCAGGGAACUGCACCAUUGCAUGACCACAGUUCAAAUCUGAAUGGGGGGAAUGUAUCUGUAUCAGCCAUUGGAAGUGCAAACUCUGAGGGUGAUGUUUUGCCCAAUGAAAGUGGAAAGUCUACGAUCAGGGAGAGUUCAGACGAGGAACAUCUGGGAGCAGCAAAGAGAAUAUUUGCACAAGCAUUGGGCCUUUCUUCACCAAAGGAUGCCAAUAAUGUUCAAUUUCGUUGCAGUAGUACAAUCAUGAACCAAAAGUCGGGCAGAACAAGAGGUUAAGACAGUUUCUCUGCUAUUAUGGUUGAAACCAUGGCUCCUGUUCUGAAGAAUACAGUUGAAACCAUGUCUCCUCUAUUCACUAUAAGAAUGGAUUUUUGGCUGCAUAAUCUACAGACAUGGUAAAGUGCUGCUUGGGCUCUGCUAUUGGCAUGAGAGUGGAUUUUGAGCUGCAUGAUCUAUUGACAAGGUUCACUGCUGCUUGGUAUCUCUCAAUGGCAUGAGUAUGGACAUCUUUUACAUCUGGAAUUCUCUGUCAUAGUCAUACAGCCAUAGGUACAUGAAGCAUUCUAUCUUUGUAUAGUUUCAGUUGAGAAUAACAUAUAAAGAUGUAUUGCACGUGGUUAUGUUGGAGUGCCUUUGUGAUAUGACUGAAAUGUGUUCUUGAUAGUUGUUUGGAUGGGUUAGGUUCAGUUGCCUACCAAGGAAGCUAUGAAAGGUAUCAGGUAAACAGUUUUGGCCCUUUCUUCUGAAAUAGUUAAACUUACAAAAAACUGUGGGUCAGCAGCAGGAUAUGGAAGCCUUUUGCUAUUGAAAGAAUCGUCAGACAUGUUUUUUUUCAUUUUACCGUUCUUUUUAUCGUGAAUUUUGCUAUCCUCUUGGCGUGCAAUGUCUCAGUGAACGGUUGAAAGAGUAUCCACAUCUUUGGAAGAUAUCAGCUGAUGCAAGGAACAACCGUAAACAUGUUUGAGUAUCGGCCCCUCUUCCUUCCGGAAUUCACUGUCGAUGACAUGGAAAUAGCCUCUGUUCCAUGUCUUCGAUGUCUCUCAAUCCUGUGCUUGUUUACAUAUUACCAGUCAGCAGCAACUAAGGGAACGGCUAACUUCUUAAGUACUUGCUUGUUCGGCAGUGACAGAAGCAGGGUGUGACACUAAUGCAUUCUGCUUCCUAAGAAGUUUUUCUGCUUUCUGUGUUUUCUCUGGGCAGGAGAUGGGUAUCCUUCUAUUUAGUGACAUUAGUUUGACUUCUGGGGCUGCCAUCUACGUCUGCAUUGUUGUAGCGACCAAUGUUCAUACUGUUCAGAAUAUAUUCUAUCGAAUGCUUACGAGUUAAUUCAAGCUUCA